AGUAAUAGUUGAGUUAACUUUGAUACGUGCUUCAAUCCUUCGAUGUCAAUACUUAGUGAAAGAGGUAUUUUCUCUUUCACUCAGCAGAUGGUAUUUAGAACACAUUUGAUAAAUGUAAUUUUAUACACAUUUGCAUAAUAAGUUUUACUAUAGAAACUAGAAAAGGAAUUGAGGUUAUGUUCUGUAUUAAUGGCACAAUUUUUCCAUAUUCGUAUUACCAAAACAUCUUAUCUAUGAUUUGAACUGAUAAUAUAGGAAGAUUCGGAUUUCUUUUGAAAUUAGUUUAGCUCGCUAAAGCUAAUUGGAGGUGUACGAGAAUGUCUACAUCAGCUUUGGCGUCUCUAACUGCUACUUACACAGAUUCGGAAGGUGAGGAGGAGGAACACGACGAAAGUAAUGGAGAUAAUGCGAAAUCAUCAUCAGGUGACAAUUCAGACAAUAAAUCAGGUACAUCAUCGCGUCCAAUUAGCCCCUCCAUAACUGUGACUUCCAUAACUGUAACUACAAAAAUAGCCACUUUGGUUUCUUAUCAUGAUGAUACCAUAGCUUCAGAUGAGGGAGAAGCUGAUGAUGAUAUUCCUCAACAGGUGAUAUUUGUAAAUGACAAUGAUAAACACUCCGAUGAAGAGCUAUUGAUCGAAGAGGGGGUUACAAUCCCACCAGAACCUGCAGGGCAAUGUUCAGCAGAAUUACAAGAUAAAAUCACCAAGCUGUAUGAGAAAAUGCAAUCGCAGCAGAUGGACAUGAAUGCAGUCAUACAAAAGCGUAAGGAUUUUAGAAACCCCAGCAUAUAUGAGAAGCUUAUUCAAUAUUGCGACUUAAAUGAGCUUGGAACAAAUUAUCCCCCUUCUAUAUAUGAUCCGCUAAAGUGGAGCAAAGAGUCAUUCUAUGAGGAUCUGGCAAAAGUUCAAAAGGCUGAGAUGGAUAGGAGAGAAAAGGAAAGGAAAGGCAAGGUGGAGUUUAUAUCUGGCACAAAGAAACAUGAAGAGGAUGCCAAGAAUAAGCGGAAAAGCAAAUGGGACAUGCCAGCUUUGGGAGCAAGUACAAUUAAGCCUCCAACAUUGGUGGCUCCACCAACUUUGACUACUGCUGCGACAGGCACAAAAAGUACUGUUAUCUCGGCAUUUGGGUCUCUACCGAAAAAGCCCAGAAUUUGAACCAUCUUAGCAUGGUGAAAAUUGUCAUUGUUUUUGGACUGUACCUACCUACUUUUUUCUACCACUUUAAACAUGUAGAUUUGAUUUUUUAAUGCAGUGUUAAGAUAUCCAAAAACUACUUGAAAUUCUUGUUAAAAUGCCACGAAUGACCACAAAUUUUCUAUGCAAUAAUUUUCAAUUGGUAGUAGGUUAGUUUUUUAUGUUUACUUCUUAUGGAAACCUCUAAUUUUUAGUAAAUAUUUCAAUUGGACAUCAAAUUACCUUUUUUAUAAUAUAAAACAUGUCUAUUUUUAUAAAGAAAUAUUGUAUUUUUUACUUGGUAUGAAUAAUCAAUUAAGAUUUGUUAUUUGGAGGUCAUCAAAUAUAAAAAAAAGGGGUUUUAUGCACUCUUUACCAUAUUAUAUAAUAUAUAAUAAUCUAAUAAACAUGUUUAAAUCUGUUCAAAAAAGUAGGGGAUAACUACAUACUUUGCCUUAAAAUAUGAGGUAGAAAUUAAAACUUAACUUCACAGUAAGGCUGGAAAUAAAAAAAAAACAAUGCAGUGGAAUGUCUGUUGGUCAUUCAUUGUAAUUUAUUUUAUCUAAUAGUAGCUGUUUUUGUAAAUAUGGGUUUUAUUUAUUACUAUUUGGAUUGAUUCUAAUAAUAAAAUAUGU